AUGGAUUGCAACAGUAUAUGGAAUCGUGUUUCACAGAACGUCACCGAUUUCCCGAGAAAACAUUUCCCAAUAGCGUUUGCUCGAACUGUAUAUCGGGACUACGACUUCCUUGAGCUACAAGUUGCGCAAAAUUACCAUCCACGAAACCAAUACUGCUUUAUGUUUGACCGAAAAGCUGAUAACUCAUUUGUCAGACGUAUGAAGAGACUGGAACGAUGCGUCGAUAAUGUGUAUCUGGCAAAGCCAAGCGUGCCAAUGGAUAGUCGAGGUUAUAACCAGAAUCUGGGACAUUUAAAGUGUUUGGAACUGUUAUCAAAAAAACCUGGAUGGCGUUACGCUUUAUUACUUCAGAACCAUGAUGUGAUAUUACGUACGAAUGCGGAAUUAGGCGCCAUACUACGAAUGCAUCUAGGCAUGAACGAUGUGAUGCUACAGGGGAUCUGGCGUCGACCAUUUGACUGGCUACUUAAGAAUAUUCCGAAUGAAAGUUCAACAACUACUACCACAACCACGACUGAAGCCACAAAUUUGCACACUACAACCGGGCAGGCAUCCAAGAUCAAUCAAAUUGAAGUGAACCAAGAAACAAUUCAGUGGACGGAUGAUACAUCUUAUCAAUUGCCCAAUGAUUUCCGGGUAGAUGAAGCUGGGGCUCCUUAUAUAGGCCCGCCAAUCAUCGUCUUGAAUACAAUCAACGAAGCAAGGAAACGUCGAAAACGAUAUGCGACCACACCCCAAAUGCGCCAGGCAGAAAACCUAGCAGCAGGCCCGCUGCGGCGCCUCCGCGCAGCCAAUCGAGAAAUUAUCGGCCAUAGCAUGGGCUUUAGACUACCAGCCAGGAAAAAGUUAAGAUUUUCUCGCGGCAUGGUCCAAGCAGCUCUCUCCCGUGAAGCAGUAGUAUGGAUGUCCCGAAAGCAUAAUUCGGCCGUUCGGCAGUUGGCCUCAAAGCUGAACGUCAAGGGUGUUUACGGCGUCGACGAAAUCCUAUUACCCACGCUGCAGGCUAGUAGCAGGGAAAUUAACUUUCCAGGCGGGGUCCCUGAAUGUCCUUGGGGUAUGGAGCAUCAAUCCAUGUUGAGAUUGAAAUUCUCAGCGCAAGAUGGAGGUUGCCUGUCGGGUGGGAUUUCUCGGCACGGUGUUUGCAUUGUUGGAAUAGAAUAUUUGCCGCAAUUAAAGAAAAGUCCUUAUAUUGCAGUAAACAAAAUGAUGCCGUCACUGGAUGCGGCCGCGAUUAGUUGUAUGGCGGAGCGCGUUUUUAAUAGGACGCAUUUUCGGGCGACCAGAACCUCGCCAGAGUUACUGCGAGCAUUCGCCAUGCACGAGCCCGAGCCCACGGCCGGACAAGGACGCUGGAAAUUCGAGAAAAUGACCGAAUCAAUGGUGGAUAAGGUGCUGCAGGCGGGAAGCGGGACUUUGCAAAGUGCCUGCGAAAUUCCUGUCGGUUCCACCGUCCAUUUUAAGACGGCACUCGGUGAACAGGUUUCAGGCUUGGUGGCCUGCUUUGACCCAUCGGCUAAAAUGAUCGCUAUCAAGGAUGGGUCGGGGCAAAAACCGCUGAUCCGCGUCUUCAACCUGGUGCAGAUCACCGAAUUGAGAAGAGACUACGAGGCUGGGACUGAUGAAGUGGCUGUUGAGGGGUUGGCCAGCACUUCACAGAAUCACCAAGCAUUGAUCGAGCGUAUGAAAAGUCAGGAGGUGAUGCAGGUGCCGGUUGAUGAACAUGGACAGAAGGUCUUCCUAAACCUUCGCCACGUUUUCCAAGAAAAUGUCACAUGGAAUGGGGCAAACAUCGAAGCACUGGACCUCGUGCUUGUCCAACCUCCAUACGGCCCGGCCAAUGCCGUUUUGAAAAAGAACGAAGAACGUGGCGAGGCAGCGCUUGAGCAGGUUCGAAAAGUGCUGGCAAAGCCGUUCGUAUUAACCGAACACGCUGCUCUGAAUGCUACCUGCAUAUUUGACGGGCAAACCGAUGGCGCUGAAGAA